GUGGGCGGAGUGCUGGAGGCGGGAAGGCGGGUGAGGCGUGCGGCUGCUGUGCAAGGUGUCGGGGCCGGGGAGUGUCGGGGAGGCAGCAGGAAGACGCACAGAACCUGUUCGAUCAACACAAGGAUGGACGAGCCCACUGGGGACCUUCCCCUCCGGACAGACGUCAUUCUUUCCGAGUCGUGCUGUGAUCAUGUCACCAUAACAAACCUGGUGGAAGUGCUGAGAUCUUUGGUGGCUUUAACUGACCCUCAGGAGGGGAAGCUGACUCAGUCUCAAGAGAAAGCACUAAACUUGCUGGGCGUUUGGAAAACUGAAUUUACAGCUGUUCCUGGGUCUACAUCAAAAACCUCAGUGGAGUGACAGCUCGAAGAUGGGAGACCAGGAGGCAGGUGAACCCUUUUUGGGGAUAGUGGCUGAUGGUGCCAGAGACUACGAAGGAGUUCUGCCCUCAGACACRGUGUCACUCAGCGAUUCUGACUCUGAUGAUUUGGGGUUGCCAGGGGAAGCAGAAGUUGAUACAAUAUCUCCCGAGGAGCCAUCUGUAGAUGAAGGGGAUUUCAGAACAGGWGAGACCCCCAGCUCUUCAAACAGUGGUCACAGAUCUCCUGUGCAGCCAUUCCAUCUGAGGGGCAUGAGUUCUACAUUCUUUCUCCGUAGCCAGAGCAUUUUUUAUUGCUUGGAAGAGGCAGCCAAGUUGUCUGUGCCCUCRAUGCCUGAAGAUAAUGUUGUUGAUGGGAGGUUUAAGCGUCCAUUGCCCCCAGCCACAGUUUCAGGUAACGUGAUCCCAGAAAACAUGGGAAAGCAAGCCAGACCAGUGCAGGCUGCCAAAAGCUCUCCUGCAGUGCCUGACUAUGUGGCACACCCAGAGCGCUGGACCAAAUACAGCCUGGAGGGAGUUUCAGAGUCCAGUGACAAGACUAACAGGGCAGUGGCCAUGGAAUUUCUAGGUGGUUUGAAGAAAAGAGGGGAACAACAAAGCUCCGCUUCCCAAGAUAGCUACACCCCAUCCUUCAACCAGGACCCUUCCAGCUGYGGAGCUGGGAGAAUUGUCUUCACCAAACCAGCUAAAAGAGGUUCUGAUGGAGUAGAGAAGAAAACAUCAACAGGGGAGGUUGGUAAGAAACAGAUGAAGACAGAUCUGAAAGGAAAAUCUCUUAAGAAGACCGAUGACUUGAGGGAAGAAGAUAAGGUUGAGUUGGGGCACUUGGACAGUGACAGUGGAAAGGCAGCAGAGGAGGAGGAGUGCAUGAUGGAGGGGGACCAGAACACACAAGAUAAACUUAAUGCUAGGCUUAGUGGUGCAGGUGAGGAGCCAUCACUGGGAGCAGUGGGAUUCCACUGCAGUAAGAAGAAGAGCAGGAAAAAUUUCCGACCUAAAGUGGAUGAUGAAGGGGAGGAAGAAUCCUGAAGGAUGAAGCAUAUUUGAGAUAUCCAAGGAUUUGUCUUGUUCAUUUUUUUUUCUCCUUUUUUUUGUGGUGUGAAAACCAUGUGAUAGCUUUUUGUCCAACUAUGUGCGUCAUAGCCACCAAGAACAUUUUAUAUUGUUAGAAAUUAAGCUACUAAAAUAAACUCCAGACUUUUUGUUUAUGAGAAAUCCAUGGGCAUAGGAUAGUUGCAUCCUGCCAAGAAAGAAUAAGGUGUGCUUUGUUUGCAUCAGCUGCUCACUGGGUCUUGCUCAGAAGCUGAAGCAUCCAAAGAGACAGAAGUGUUAGAUAAAAGGCUGCAGGCCUUCCUAGUAACUUCCACUUUUGGAGCAGUUCCCAAAUCCUGUGGAAUCCUGGAGAAAAGGUGAUGAGCUCAUUAUGUAGAGAUUUUUAAACAAUGGAAAUAAAGCCUAGUCUUCCACUAGAUGUGAUUUCUCCUGGCCCUGUCACAGGGAGGACAACCCUUUAAAAUUUUUGUUUAAAAACAUCCCACUUUUGUUGCUAUUGAGGGUGAAAGCACAACAGUGCCCCAUUUUAUGUGAUGAUCCUUGCACCUUUGUAUGUCAUUUGCAGGAGGUGCUUCUUCCAUACUGAUUCUGUGUGUCGAUUGGGGUGUUUGUGGGAAUGAGAUAUUUAUACCACAACUGGAUACUCUUUUGUUCUAUGUGAUGCAAUAAAGUUUUGGUUGUAACUUGAUUUCAUCUCUGAAAGAUGUUGACUAAUGCAGCUGAAGGAGUUUUAACAUAUACUUUGUUUGAUUUAAAAAUUCUUGAAAAUCUUUUAGGGUCUUACUCUAAGUUUACUAUCUUGUUAACUUUUCCCUCAAGUCUUACAGAUUAUAAACCUCACACUUCUAACAUUUUCAGUCAUUUUACAGUAUAUAAUCCCCUCAUAGGAUGAGUCAUACAAUGAAUCACAUUGUAAGGAAUGUGAAAUACAGUAAGUCUUUUUCACAAUUUUAGUAAAUUUAAUAAGUAGGGUUGAAAGAUUAAAUUCUUUGAAAGGUUAAAUUAUUUGAAACUCAAAUUAGUUCAGGUCAGUUUGAACUGACUUUUUUUUUUUUUUGGCCUUCUAAAUUAACCAGUCCCAAGGGUAGUAUUURUAACUGUGUAGUGAAAGAUUAAUUCUUAAAUAUUUCUGACAUUUASCUUGCUCAAACUUGGAAGGGUAUUUGAGGGUGUGACGUCCUCUGGAGGGUCCAUCUUAACCAUAAUUGACUGGUAGGCCAGGGCUUUGUGUUUGAACAGAUGCAUCAUUUGGCAGAAGAAGCAGAWAAUGUAAAAGGAGCAGUUGUGCUCCAUCUUUUGAAAUUCACCUUUUAAUUUUAAGAGCAGAAUGUGUUUUCUUGUAAGUGUGCAGUUGCAUGCACGUUAACUAAUGGUUUAUUGGAAAACACAUURGUUGUUCCAGUACAUGUGAGUGGGACAUAGCAAGUCCAAAUGAAAAGGUUUUGGGUUCUAGUGGAUAACUGUACCCAAGAACCUGAGAAUUUGGGUUCGCAAUGGAAAUARUAGCCAUUUCAAAGUGGAAGCUGCUGAGAAGAGCAGAGUGUGCUGGUUGUGAGAUGUCUGUUAUUUUUAAACAAAAAAAAAAAUGCAGCUCAAUACAAACUUAUUGGGUUUAUAACUUCUGCUUGCCCAGGGUGAGGAACAGGUAGGACCACCACAAUUCCAUCACAGCUAAUGGAGUCACGGGCCUAGGAUACAACUGAGUAAAAUGGACAAAUGCCUUCUUUAUGAAGCCCUCAUAACAAGAUUAGUAUCUAUUAAUAAAAGGCUCAUUUUUGUCAGAGCUGAGAUUUAUUUUUUUUUUCCACCUAUGGUAACAGAAAGCUUUUGUGCAAUCUACAAUCACAUUGCAUAGAGACAAUAUUAUAUGUGUGAGGAAAUGCAGUUGAAGCUUAUCAGUGUAAGACACAGCCCAAUACUUCCCCCUUCUGAUGCUGUUUAUAUUAUUCCAGAGAAAUUUCCCCUCAGAGGAUGGUAUUGGUAUUUUAGUGSUGUAUCUUUUCUUGCAAAAUUCUAAUAAAGCCAGCAAGCUUUUGCAUGCUAAAAAUGUUCAAGCCARUUUAAGUAAUGGAAAAAUCCACAAACAGCCCAGAUUCCUAGUUUGCAAGACAAUUCUUGGUACACAUUCUUGUUUUAAAGUCUCUUAAGUGAUUWUUUUUCUCCCACAGACCUUUCAGAAAGAAAAGUUAMAUUAAAUCAGAUGCCUAGGUGUGGAGGAGGCAUUGGUUGUGGUAUGCUACAUGGAGGCAAACUGGCAGCAACUGUGACGGGGCAUGGGCACAGCAAAAGGCAGGGGAUUGCACUUUGGGGUUGAGUGAGGAGCUUAAGAAAGAAUAAMAAUAAUA